CAUAAAAACGUCACGACUCUCGCCCCUGCAAAACAACACGUAGGAACUGGAGCCCGUUAAUAACGCGAGAUUAGCGAUUAAAUAUCCUCCGGUGCUCCGGUACACGGAGAUGACGGUGAGAUCCGUGUGAGCGCAGGUGAAGUGAACACGAUCGACUGAUUCGGCGAUGGAUCCGGGCGGGUGUCGGAUGAACGGCGGCGGCGGCGGUGAUAUGAUCUCGUUGGAGGAUCUGGAGUCCAUGUCGGAGGAGCAGCUGUCGGACAGUCCCGAGGAGGCGCAGGAGGAGGAGCAGCAGGACAGACUCCUGCGCUACUGGACAGAUGUGGCGCGAGGACACCAGGUGGAGGUGCCGACAGACAUGGCCGAACCCAUCCAGCAGAUCACCUCCAAUAAUGACGGCACACACACACGGGAGCAGGUCCCUUACACACUCCUCACACGCAAGGAGAAGUGCGGUGAGGUGGUGUACGAGAAGCGUCACUAUGAGAAGGCGCACUGGGCCUGCAUCACCGUUCACGAGGACACGUAUGAACAGAGCAUCUGCUACGGCUUCAUGAAGAUCAUGAGGUUCAUCUGUCAGCAGAACACAGCGGGAACUUAUCUGGGCAUGACGAUACCCAUCGUGACGGUGGUCCGCACAGACGAGCAGCACACCACUCUGUCGCGGGCCGUCACUGUGGCGUAUUACCUUCCCACGGUGCACCAGACCGACCCGCCGCGGCCGCAUGACCCCGAGAUCGUCAUCGAGCAGUGGCCCGCCACUAUAGUCUACACCAGGGCCUUCACGGGCGCCACUAACGAGCUGUCAAUCAUGCACGAGAUCAGCACUCUGGCCGAGGCUCUGGACUCUCUGGCCGCCUGCGUCAACGACUCCUUCAUCGUGGCCGGAUACACCAACCCGGCGGCGGCCAAUCGACAGAACGAGAUCUGGUUCCUGGAGAGACCUUGAGCUGCUCACCGAUGACUUAACUUUACCCAGAAUCCUCUGCUCCUCUCAGAGACCAUAUGACAGGUUCAACAUCUGUUCAAACAUCCUAGUUCCUGAUUACCCACGAGCACUGCUCCUCUGAUGUUCGUGAGCUGAACACGAGAAGAAGCUCAUUAACACUGAUUAUAAGCUGAAACUCAACUGGAGGUCAAUCAGUCUGUGAACGCUGUUGCUGUAAGACAAUCACACACACGUCUGUCUGUCGCUCGCUCUGUUUCGCUCUAUAAAUCAACGCUCAUGUAGUCAAAUCAAUAUAAUAGACACACACACACAUAUAUAUAUAUAUAUAUAUUAUAUUGUCAUAGUGCUAUUUUUAAGUAUUUUUGUAAACGUUUCCCUCCCUGUUACUCCUCUAUUAUGUGCAGAUGUCAAACAAACAAGGAAAUGAAGAGUUUUCAGAAUGAAACACAUGUGUCACAUGUGAAUGAAGUUAAUGUCAGACGUGAGACGGGUUCUCUCUGUCAGUGUUUGUGUUCACGGCUCAUGCGAAUGUAAACUCUCGUCAGUAUAAACACUACACCACUGUGAUUUCUGAAUGCUUCUGUUGAUAUUUCUGUUCUGAUCUGAAUAAACUAUUACUGAAUCACA